AUGAAGCUUAUCGUGUCGUUUCUUGCUUUGUUCACCACUGUCGCCGUUCAAGUCGUCGUCCAAGCCGGCCACAGCUUUGAAAAGCUUCCUGCGCAGCGGGCUGCGCCGGGGAGACAUGCCGCUAUUUCCGCUCGAAACAAGGCAUCGUCACCAGCUUCAGCUUCGAGCACAGCAUCAACUACAUCAACCAAGGCUCUGCCUUCCGCGUCGUCACUAACAUCAGCACCGACACCUCCUGCAACUUCAUCAGCUCGUCAGCCCUCGACAUCAGGCAAUGGACCCAGCAACAACUCUGGAGGUAGACCAAUUAAUGGACUCGUCAACGUCAUCUCCUCCAAAGGUUGUGGAUCUAGUGGUGCAACCGAGAAAAUCACUGCAUUGAGCGGCCCUAAUGGUCAUAUCAAUUUCCUGACCUGUGGCAUCAACGGGACCGGAUGGAACCCACCAUUGAUUAACAUUAAGGGUAUCGUCACUGUUGACCUGUCGGCGGUCGCGCACCAAAAAGAUUCGGCAUUCGCAAACUGCCAGGACUUUGUCGCAACAUUCGAGCAAUAUGGUAGCCAGUAUGGAAUUCCUGCUAUUCUCCUUGCGUCUUUUGCCAUGCAGGAGAGUUCAUGUAUACCGAGCACCGUUGGUGGAGCUGGUGAGCAAGGUUUGAUGCAGCUCACCGGCGACAAAUGCGUUGGUGCUCCCAAUGGUGAUUGCAUGGACGUUGAUUUCAAUAUUGGUGCUGGCGCUAUGUUCUUCUCGCAACUGCUUGACGAAAAUGAUGGCGACCUUCUCUCCUCAAUUGGUCAUUAUAACGGCUGGUUCCGGGGAAUGACUUAUGCGAAUGCAACUGCUGCUGCCCAUGGUGGUAGCUGCAGGGAGCAAAACAAUCUCGACUACUUGCACCAGUUCUUGAACGGUUGGUGCCAGAACAUCAACGCAUAUGAGCACAACCCUCCUCUUGGCGAGUAUUUCAACUUGAAUGUCUGUAACUAA